CCGUAGUAUUAUAUAUAUCUUAAUAACGUUAGAAAUUUGGUAAAUUUGGUUGGAUCAGGUUAACUCAAAUUUUAUUUAAAAAUCCGAAUACUUUGGGCAAUUGUGCAAUUAAGUCGGAGAAAUAGUCUACUUAAUGAAUACCCCGUUUUCUUAAGCAGUGUUUUAGGCCCAUAUUUCCUCAACGGCCCAAGAACACAACAACAAACCCAAUAGGCCCAAAAGAAAACAACAAGGGAGAGAAGCAAAUUUACAGAAACGAAGAAGACGAAGAAAACACAUUCACAAACGCCUCUAAUGGCGCAGGCCGUUCAGAAGAACACUCUAUACGUCGGUGGUUUAGCGGAGGAGGUGAACGAAUCUAUUCUUCACGCAGCCUUCAUUCCCUUCGGCGACAUCAAAGACGUCAAGACGCCAUUGGAUCAAGCCACACAGAAGCACCGUUCCUUCGGUUUCGUCACUUUCUUGGAAAAGGAAGAUGCAUCCGCUGCUAUGGAUAAUAUGGACGGAGCUGAGCUUUAUGGUCGCGUGCUUACUGUUAACUAUGCCCUCCCUGAGCGUAUCAAGGGUGGUGAACAAGGAUGGGCCGCUCAACCUAUUUGGGCGGAUGCGGAUACGUGGUUUGAAAGGCAGCAACAAGAGGAGGAAAUGCAGCGUCUUCAAGCUGAGAAUCGAGCAGCUAUGGAGGCUGCGGAGGAGCUGCACAGGAAGAAACUAGCGCAGGAACGAGAAGGGGAGAAAGACGAGGAGGUAGACACCAAGGACGAUCCCAUGGCCAAGGCUGAAGCUGAGGUCUUAAGACAGAAGAGUUGAAAAGAAAAACUACCAUUCUCUGAGGUUCCUCUUCACAAUGAUAUUCUCCUUCUGUUCCCUAUAGUUAAUUCCAUUCACAAAGUAUAGUUUGAUAAGCUGAAAAAUAUUCACCUUUCAUGAAAAUUUGUAAUCUUAUUGAAAAAAAAAACCUUAGAAAGUAGGAGUUUUUAGCACUGUUGUUUUUUAGUUCA